CAUGAUGGUCCAUUCAACUCUUGUUCUUUCGUUUGUCCAAUGAUAGUCUAUCCAUUUCUCCCUUUCAUUUCUUGUCCCCUUCCUAAUCAUAAUUUAUAUCGGCACCUACACUUCCCCAAAACCAUUUACAGCCAUUGAAAAAAGAAAAAAAAAAAUACUAUAAUUCUUCCUUCUUAGGAAUCUCAGCAUUCGUUGUCUCCAUCACCUCUAUAUAUACUCUUCUCAUUUCCAUCACCACUUCACAGCAAAAUUCCAUUCUUCAAUUCCUAUCCAUUCCAAUAAGUCCUAAGUCACACCUUAUAAUCUCUACUAUGCCUUCAUUGAUCUCAGAAAAACAACUCGACUUGUACUCGAUAAAAGAACUACCCGAAUCACAUGCAUGGGGAUCGUCAUUAGACGACCACCCUCCAUGUGAUUCGCCUAAUGUAGAAUCUAUUCCAGUUAUCGAUCUAAACGAUGAGAAAUUUGUCAUGGACAAAAUAGGACAUGCAUGCAAAACAUGGGGUGCAUUCCAAAUCAGAAACCAUAACAUAUCUCAAAGAUUACUCAACGAUAUGGAAUCGGCAGCGAAAAAACUAUUUUCCCUUCCGAUGCAGCAAAAAUUAAAGGCCGCUCGAUCGCCCGAUGGCAUCGGGGGCUAUGGGGUGGCUCGAAUUUCUUCUUUCUUCUCUAAGCUCAUGUGGUCCGAAGGGUUCACUAUUUUUGGUUCCCCUGUUGAACAUGCCAGCCAACUUUGGCCACAUGAUUACAAUGAAUUCUGUGACGUAAUUGCGGAAUACGAAAAUGAGAUGGAAAAGUUGGCAGGAAGACUGAUGUGUCUAAUGCUUGGGUCACUUGGAAUAACAAAGGACGAUGUAAAAUGGGCUGUUGGCCCAACAGGAGGUUGCUCGGCCCUACAACUAAAUUCUUACCCGGCUUGUCCGGAUCCGGAUCGGGCUAUGGGUCUUGCAGCACAUACGGAUUCUACCAUACUGACCAUCCUACACCAAAACAACACAAGUGGCUUACAAGUGUUUAAAGAAGGAAACGGGUGGGUGUUGGUUCCUCCGCUUCGUGGCGCGUUAGUUGUUAAUGUAGGUGACUUGUUGCACAUACUGUCAAACGGGUUAUACCCGAGUGUGUUACAUCGAGCUGUAGUGAACCGAACUAGACACCGUCUUUCGGUGGCCUAUCUAUACGGGCCACCAUCGGAGGUGAAAGUUUCACCCCUUUCGAAAUUGGUAGACCAAACGAACCCUCCAAUGUAUAGGCCAGUAACGUGGAGUGAGUAUUUGGGCACUAAAGCAAAGCAUUUUGACAAGGCACUUUCAUCCGUUAGGCUUUGCGCCCCUCGUAUUGGAUUUGCCAAUUCUAAAGAUCAAAGUGGUGUCCAAGUAGGCUAAUAUAACUAGCUAGUUGUCAGUCACCUUUUGCUUUCUCCAUUUUGUUUUUGAAAAUAUAUAUCUAUCUAGUUGCGUUCCUUCUAGUAA